CUGACAAUCAAAGAGUUCAUUUCUCAGUCGACGAUGGGUAUCAAAGGUAUCUACCGUGAGCUCGGCCCCGGCCAGAGAAUCUCGCUUGCCAAGCUGGCAACAGACCAUCUAGAGAGUACCGGCCAGCCAUUACGACUGGCUAUCGACAUUGCUAUCUGGCAAUUCCAAACACAAGCUGCGCGAGGCGGCACAAAUCCUGCCAUAAGGACUCUUUUUUAUCGUCUAGUGCGACUUCUCGGACUUGCAAUACAUCCAAUCUUUGUAUUCGACGGGCCCCACAAACCAGCCUUCAAACGAAACAAGCGCUCUGGCAGGGGAGACGGAGUAGCGACGGCGAUGGCAAAGAGACUGAUUCGUCUUUUCGGUUUCCCCGUUCAUGACUCACCUGGCGAGGCCGAGGCAGAGUGUGCUCUGCUACAGCAGCACGGCAUCGUCGAUGCUGUGUUGAGCGAGGACGUCGACACCAUCAUGUUUGGCUGCACGAGAACACUGCGAAACUGGACAUCAGAGGGAACCCGCGGGGCAAAAACGCCCACCCACGUCAGCAUGUAUGAUGUCGAAGAACUGUUGUCCGCCGGCACUGGCCUGGAUCGAGAAGGGAUGGUGUUGGUUGCCCUGAUGAGUGGUGGCGAUUACAUACCAGAGGGUGUUCCUGGCUGUGGUGUCAAGCUUGCCUGCGAGGCGGCCAAAGCUGGGUUUGGGAAGUCUUUAUGUCGACUCAAGAUUGAUGACAGCACGCAAUUCGAGGACUGGAAGACGAUUCUGAAACUUGAACUUCGAACCAACGACAGUGGCUUCUUCCGAACAAAACACAAGGCCUUGUCUAUUCCGGAAGAGUUCCCGAACCGACAGGUUCUACGUCACUAUACUCAUCCAGUUGUCUCCAAUGCCGACACCAUCGACAGGCUGAAGACAACUGUCAAGUGGAACCGUCCAAUAGAUGUACAAGGCCUUCGAUAUUUCGUCGAUGAGACGUUUGACUGGGUCAACAAGAUCGGGGCUAUAAAACUCACCCGCGUUCUAUCCCAGGGCUUGUUGGUACACAAGCUGCUUGAGCGCUAUCAGUCUGGCCGGUCCAACCGGUCUAUAGAGCAGACUGAGCUGGAGGAGGCGGCUCUCAUCAAACGGAUAUCCGGAAUUCGAAGUCAUCACAGCACCGACGGUACACCGGAGUUAAGGGUCGUGCAUAUUCCAGCAGAUACCGUUGGGUUGGACAUGUCACAGGAGCUGGAAGAAACUGUGCCUUUUGAUCGGCAGGGGUUGGCACUUAACAGUGACGACGAAUACAAAGGCGUCGCCGAUUGCGACAUUGACGAUUCAGGCGACAAGGCCAAGGCCAGAAACACAUUCGAUCCCUUGGUUGCCGAAUCCAUUUGGCUGCCGGAGACUCUCCUCAAGCUGAGCGUACCUCUCGUAGUGGAGGACUGGGAGGAGAAGCAACGGACGAAAGUAAGCACUCGUACAGGCAAAGGCAGCAAGAAAAAGGCCUCCAAACCUGCACAAGAGCGAGGCGCCCUCGACAAGUGGGUACAGAUCACCAAGAGCACAGCGAAUAUGGCGACGACGAGCAAAUCCACCAGGGCGCAAGACUCAGCGGUCGACAGUCACAGCUUAGCACCAUUCGGUGCGAAACCACGAAGUUCUGGGCAUGUGGAGCUCGCACCCGCAGCACCGUUACGACCGAGUCCUGUGAGAAGUUCAGUUACUCGAAGUAAGCAAUCCAGAUCCAACGGGAAAGCGACUGCCGCAGAACCGACCGGGCAUAAGAACCCUUGGGCAUUCGCCGGCUCACAACACAUGCCUAGGAUUACCAAAUCUCAGCAGUCCUCCGAGCCAAUUCUUCUGUCAUCUAGCCCCUUGCGCUCGUCGCCUGCGCCUUCUUCCGCGUGCCUGGUCUUCGGUCUCAAGAGCUCAGCGAUCAGAAUGCAGUGGUCGGGCGGGGAGCUCAGCUCCAGUGCCCCCUCUUACCCCGCCAAAGAACAGAUCACCCAUGAAGCAAACGCGGAUGGAUUCCUUCAUCACAAAUCCCUCCCGAGCACAGCCAAUACCGGGGGAUAUUUUGGUAUCACUGAGUGA